AAAAAUCAUGUCAUAAUGAUAAGGGACUUAUCAGGGAUUGUGGUUGCUUGUCCAGAUGAAUUCAUCAUGAUAACUCCAGCAUUUGAACUGAGCCAGGAUCCAGAUUUUCUGACUAUAACAAUCAGUGUACCUUAUGCCAGAGUUUCUGAGUUUGAUAUAUAUUUCGAGGGAAAGGAUUUUAAAUUUUAUGCUAAGCCUUACUUUCUCAGGCUAACUCUUCCUGGAAGAAUUGUAGAAGAUGGAAGAGAAAAAGCAUCUUACAAUGUGGACAAAGGUGUUUUUACAGUUCAACUGCCUAAAGAGACUCCCGGUCAGUAUUUUGAUGGGUUGGACAUGCUAACAGCUCUGUUAGCACAGAAGAAAGCAAGAUCAGUUAAACCAUUAGUGGAAGAGAUAGGCACCUCAGCUGAGCUAGCUGAGGAGGAAGAGGAAGAGGAAGAAUUUGACUGGGAAAUUGAACAGACCCCUUAUGAUCAGUCUACAGAAAGCACUUCACCUUUACAAUGCUGUUAUGGGUUUGGAAAUUUAAAAUCAGGAGUUUUCCGACGAUUACAGGAUGAACUCAGUGACGUUAUUGACGUUAAGGAUCCUGACUUAACGCCUGCAGCUGAACGUAGACAGAAACGACUAGAGACUGAGGUUGCCAAAUUUGAUUCUGAUCAUUAUCUUGCUGACCUCUUUGAAGAUGAAGUCAUUCAGCAUGUUUUGAAGUACAAGCCCUGGUGGGUUGACGCUUAUGCAAAAAAGAUGGCUUCCCAGGGAAAAAGUAAUCAGGAACAUGUUAGUCAGACAUCAUUUGUCUCCUUGUCAGAAGACGAGAAAGACCAGCUGAGAAAAUUCACAAAUACAUCUUACCUGCUGGAUAAAAGAGCCCAUCAUCAAGUGUAUUUCAGUUUAAUUGAUAUCCUUCUGGCAUACUGCUAUGAAAUUUGUAUUAAUGAAGGAGACAAGAACGUUGAGUCAGCAUGGAAUAUCAGAAAACUGAGUGCAACUUUGUGCUGGUUCGAGAGUUUCACUAGUAUUCCUGAAAUCCUGGUAUCCUUUGGAAGAAGAGUUUUAUGUUAUCCACUCUACAGACAUUUCAGAUUAGUGACACGAGCCUUCAGUGAUACAGCCAUGAUAUUGCAACUAGGUAAAAGUGCUGUUUUGAAGUGUCUGCUGGACAUUCACAAGAUUUUUCGAGAAAAUGAUCCUGCCUACAUCCUUAAUGAUCUCUACAUUACAGACUAUUGUAUUUGGAUUCAAAAAAUCAAGUCAAAAAAGUUGGCAGCACUUGCUGAAUCUUUACAGAAAGCCAAACUAACUAAGGCCCAUUUAGGGUUUGAACUAGAAGAACUGGAAUCAGCUGCACUUCUGGUACAAGAGGAAGAAAGUGAGUUAAAAGCUGCCAGCGCAGUUUCUAAGCAACAGCCGCCUUCCUCUGAAUUGGAGACGAGUGAUUCUGAAGAAUCAAGCAGUACUUCAUCAUCUGAGACAGAAAGCUCUGAUUCAGAUGAACAAGAGCCCUCCACCAGUGAAGAUGGGGAAAUAAAUUCUCUACAAGACGCACUUCAAGAGCAGAGGAGAGCCCCACUUAUUGACUGGAAUGGAUUAGGGCGAGACACAGACAGUUUGACGUUAGAUGUUAGUAAUGAAAAAUCAAAGGCUUCUUUACGAUCUACAUCUGUUCCUGGAAAACUGAUAGAGGAAUUAGGAAAGAAAAUGCAGACUGCAAUUAGGCUUUCAGAGCAGCCUGAAGAGUUGGCUACUGCAAGCUACACAGCUUUGCAAGAAAAAGGAGCAAAUUAUGCAGUUGAACCCCAAAGACUUUCAGAGGAUCCAAAUGAAAAAGAAAAUUUCUUGGAGGUUUCCCCAACGAAAAGCCUACUGCUGUUUGUUGGCAGCACAGAUGAAGACUGAACAAGCGUAUUGGGAAAAACUCUGACCCGUUAGCUAAUACAGCUCAUUGCUAUAAUGAGAUACUAUUCCUACAUCAAGUGUGGAAAAAGGAGGUGACAGAAUUCCUGGGUUUUUUUUCACCCUGUUGAUAAUUUUUAAACAAGGCUGAUUUGAAGGGAAUCAAGACUUUCUCAAACCCUAAUAAUUAGAUAUAUUUUGUGCAUCAGUGAUUCGUCAGAAAAUAAAUUUUUGAUCUCCAAAUGCAGGAAUCUGUAACUUCAGUAAAUACUUUCAGGAACAGUUUUCAUUAAGGUUAGUAGAGGAAUGAAGAGAAAUAAUGAAAUAUAACUGAAAAUAGUUGUAUCAUCAGUUAAAAAUCUUAACUAUUUGAUAAAUAAAUAUGUUCAUGACUUUUUUUAAUUACCUUUUACUACAUUCUUGGAUUUCAAAUAUUUUAUUACCAAUUUCUCUACUUUAAGAAGAAUAACAAAUGUCAUUAUAAAAAUCGAAGCAGCACUGGCAGUUCUUGUUUGGACAUCCAAAAAAAUGUUCCCCCUUUUUUUCUUAGUACAGAUUAAAGGGAGUUUCUU